AUGCCCGAGUCCGACGACCCACCGCCACCACAGUCCGUUCCCGAAAGCAAGGCCGAGGCACACGCUGCCGAGAUCAGCGAAGGCCAGUACCACGAGCUAGCGGACGAAUACCUCGAGACGAUCCUCUCCAAGUUCGAAGAGCUCGCCGACGAGCGGGAAGACGUCGACGUCGAGUUCGCCGCCGGCGUCCUCACCGUCUCCUUCUCCUCCAUCGGCACCUACGUGAUCAACAAGCAGCCACCCAACAAGCAGAUCUGGCUGUCCUCGCCCAAGUCCGGCCCCAAGCGCUACGACUGGGCCGUCGUCGGCGAGGGCCAGGACCAGAAGGGCGGCACCGCCGCCGGCGACUGGAUCUACCUGCGCGACGGCAGCACGCUCAACGACCUCUUCCUCGAGGAGCUGGCGGUGGACCUUAGCAUGCCCCAGCCCAACUACGGCGAGUGA